AUGGCGUUGAAGCACUUACCUCGGUCCAUGAAAGCAUACUUGCUUGAAGAAUUUGGCCAACCGUAUCGUCUGCGCGAAGUGCCGGUUCCCAAAAUCGAGCACCCAGAUGACAUUCUCAUUCGCGUCGAGGCAGGCUCAUAUUGUCAUACGGAUGCGGUGUUAGCUGCAGGUGCCAUGCAUCCACCAUCCCUUCCACACAUUGGAUGUCACGAAUUUGCUGGGACGGUGGUGUUGCUCGCGACAGGUAAAGAAUCAAGUCAUGGCCUUAGGGUCGGGGAUCGUGUGGCAGUUUCCGGGCGUGGAUAUCACGUCUGUGAGCGGUGUCUUGAGUGUCAACAUCCGUCCGGCCCAGAUCCGGACGAACCAGGCUUCUCGGUGUACUGCCCGUACACCCAUGGCGGCCUCGGAGUUCACGGACCUGGUGGAUUCCAAGAGUAUGCAAUUGUCGACUCGAAGCAAGUAACAUUGAUUCCAGGCACGAUGGCUGCCGUUCAGGUCGCACCGUUGAUGUGUGCUGGACUGACAGUCUACGCCGCGCUAAGGAAGUGCAACCUCCAACCUGGGCAGCGGGUGGGCAUUAUCGGUUGCGGCGGCGGGCUUGGACACCUAGGCCUUCAGUUUGCUGCCAAAAUGGGUUUCAAGACGACGGGCGCUGAUGUUUCGCCGAAAGCCUUGGAUCUCGCGAGGGGUUUAGAGACUGGAAUUCAGAUCAUCGAUGCGCUCACGGAGACUCCCGAGGAUAUUCGACGGUCAAUGGGCAAAGAGGACAACAGAGAACACAUAUCAGAAAUGGGCCUGGAUGCUGUUUUGAUAUUGCCCGAGAGCCAGAAGUCCUUUGACUACGGGGUCAAUCUCCUCCGCAAUGGAGGACUCGCCGUCGUAGUAUCCUUUCCGCCUGAAGGGUUCCAUGUGUCGGCGGCAGAUCUUGUUUUCCGGAGGAUUAGCGUGACUGGCACGCUGAUAGGCUCCAACAGAGCUCUGAAAGAGAUGCUGGAAUUUUGCGUUGAACACAAAGUGCAGGCGAAGAUCAAGACAUAUCCUUUCUCUGCCGUGAAUGAGCUGGUCGAGGAUUACCAUGCUGGAAUACCUGGAAAGUUAGUAGUUGAUAUGCUCCAAAAGAAGUGGUGA